AUGGUGCAAAAGGGUAAUACAAGGGUGGAACGCAUGAUAGAGGCCUUAAAACUCCAAAAUGUCGAUGUGAAGUUCUCUGAAGCUCUUGCACAAAAAAACAUGAACGAUUUUGGGUUUAAUGGCAAAAAGAUUGUUGAGAUUAAUGGGAAACGCUACAUACAGGAGGAGAUGAUCAAUGUGGACGAGGAUAUCGAGGACGACGACACUUUCUCCGAUGAGGAGGAAGACUUCGACCUUCCUGACGAUGUGUUUGGAGAGUACCUGCAAGGCCAAAUUCCAGGCGAGAAGGAGAUUCCAGUUCAUGAUUUGCCUAUUGCCAUGGAACGACGAGGAAAUGAAUUUAUUCGGGCUUGGCUGGAGGAUGCGGCUGCAACAGAGGCCUGGCCAGAGGAAAAUAAGUCUGCAUUGGCACUGAGUAUCUUGGUAGGUACACCUUAUGCUCAAAUCUUCUGUAUUCUUUAA